GGUCAUGCUCGUGAGCUGUGGGACGGAUCCGGGGUCGGCUUGCACUCUAUCACCUAACAAGUCCUUUCUUUAUAUUUGGUUGAACUCCAAACAUUUUGCAGACAUUUUGAUGCAAACAAUGUUUGAGUGACAUGUUCUUCCAAGCUCAAGUGCUGCAGUGCUGUGCCUCUGCGAAAUUUCUCAGUUUUCUCACGGGUGGGUAGUGGGCCUGUGACGUGAUGGAGGCACCCAAGCAAGAGUCGAUGACGCCAUGGUGGAAAGGCACGAAGUAUGACUUUCCGGCCAAAACGCCCGCUUGGUUUGCGAAUGGCAUUCCGUGGGAUAGCUUCCAAGAAGGAAAACCACCUUUGGUCUACGAUCCCCCUCAGUGGGUUCCUGGCUAUUUGCCUCAUUGUGCGCAGCAGUGCAACUUUUGGUCGUAUCGUUCACCCUGGUGUGUUUCCCCGAUCAAUUGCAUGGCCUGCUGUCAGUGCUGCUGCAUCAAAAAUUCAGAAAUCGUUUCCGUGGACUCCCCAGAUGCAUGGAUGACGAAGAUGAUCACCAGCGGGGCGAACGAUAAGUCCCCGGAAUGGAUGCGAGGAGUGUGGUGGCUUUGCGACAACAAUGCACCAUCAGAGACGCUCUUUACCUUUGGAGGGGCAGAUUGGUCAGACGACUCUAAAGUAGCUCAGAAGAAAUACUGGGAAAACUUCGGUGUUCCAGCCAACUGUUUUGGUUGCAUUACGAUGUUUGGAGCUGCCCUGACGAAUUCCACACUUCGUAUUGAACUCUCCCCCAACGGCAAGUGGAUUAACCUCUAUGGCACCGGGCCUGGAUGGAUUUAUGUGGACCAACCAGAGGAUACCUUUGAAUGCAAAAAUGCGGCGGUGGAUAUGUAUGGGCCAAGCUUCAAACCCGUCACGGAGCUGAACGAGAUGCUUCGUGUGAGCCACACCGACGAGACGCUUCCCCUGUCGGAGCCAAACUAUCAGUACCGAGUGCGUAAAGUCGCAUAUUUGGACUACGACGGCAAGUUGGUGAAGACAGAGGCCUGGGACGAGUUUGUGAGGCGAGCAAAGAUGCCUUUUGCACCCGGAACAGAGCCGAACUGCUGCGGCUAUUGCUUCUGCUGCCGCUCAAAAGAGGACUUGGCCUUGGGCCGCUAUCCUCAAACCAACACAAAGUUGAUUGUGAGGUAUCAUCCCGGUUCCUCCAGUUCCUCCAGCGCUCCAGCGGCUCAGACCAUUGGAGCCCAACAGUAGUCGUGGUGCGAGGUGUUUUGACCGUCAUGUGACGAUGUGGUGAUGUGGGACAAAUGACGAUUUCGCCACUUUGGAAUGGGAAGAAACGAAACAGGGGU